AUGAACGAGGCGCGCAGAGUCGAGGUCGUUCCCAGCUUGGUGUUUCUGGUCCUCCUCCCCCAGCCCCUCCUCGCUCGCUGGGCCUGUGUGCGCUCCUGCCCCCCCUCCUGCUCCUGCACCCCCGAGAGGAGCUGCUCUGUUCUCUGUGACCGCUCCCGUCUGGCGCAGAUUCCUCCAGAGUUUCCCUGCGAGGCGGCAGCCAUCAACCUGGACAAGAACAGCUUGAAGUUCCUCUCAGAGCGGGCCUUCGGGACCCUCCCCGCCCUGAAGAGCCUCUCUGUGGAGCACAACAACAUCUCCUUCAUCACGCCUGGGGCCUUCAAGGGCCUCCCUAACCUGGUGGAGCUGAAGCUGGGCAACAACGACUACAUCAGUUACCUUCACACGCGCACCUUCACGGGGAUAAAGAAGCUGGAGCGCCUGGACCUGUCCAACUGCAACCUGUUCAACAUCCCCGACCGCAUCUUCAUCGAGCAGCCGGCGCUCCACGAGGUCUUCCUCUUCGAGAACCACUUCCGCAGGAUCCCCUCGUCCUUCAGAGGGAUGGAGAACCUGACGCACAUCUACCUGGAGAGGUGUCGCAUCGAGGCGGUGGCCUACAACUCCCUGCUGGGCCUCACAAGACUCAAGUUCCUGAACCUCCAGGAGAACCGCAUCCACGUGAUCCACGACCACUCCUUCCAGGACCUGGUGCUUCUGGAGAACUUCUACCUGAACGACAACAUGCUGGCGAAACUCCCUCGCUCCGCCUUCAAAGGCCUCGUCUGCCUCAAGAUGCUGAACCUGGGCGGGAACAAGCUGACCAACGUGUCCCGCACCUGGUUCGGUGACCAGGUGGAGCUGGAGGUGCUCUACCUGGACAGGAACCAGCUGUUAAACAUCGAGGAAGGAGCCUUCGAGAACCUCACCAGCCUCAUCACGCUUCACCUGAACAGCAACAACCUCACGACGUUUCCCUUUCCUGUUUUCCAGCCCGUUUACUUCCUCGCUCGCCUCUUUCUUUUCAGGAACCCAUGGGUGUGCGACUGUUCCUUAGAGUGGCUGAAAGAAUGGAUGGAAAGUUAUAAACUAGUUCGAGACGUCCCGUGUGCGUCGCCUUCCUCCGUGGCUGGAUUAGAUCUUUCCGAGGUGGUCUUUGCGAGAGUUAACGAAACCUGCGUGGACCCCGGAGAGUUGAAUGUAACCACGGUUUCGUCGCAAAUCGUCGCCACGACUGAGAACCGCUUCAACAACCUCAUCUCCAAACUCCUGCAGCAGGAGCUCAGGGAGGAGAUGGGGAACGGGACGGAAAGUCUGAGAAACGGGACUCUGAUGUCUGAGGAGGGGAAUCUCUCAUCGGGGGGCGAAGGGCGAAGAGGGAACGGAAACCAAACAUUUCUCUACUUUCUAGUUGUAGUGUGGAUCGUGUUUGAUUUGAUCGGACAAUUAGAGAGUUAUUACUGCCUCUCGUGCGCAUGAGGGCUUUGGAAAUGGUUUCUUUGCUUUGCGAGCGACAGAAGGAACAAGGAGUAGCUUUUCAAAUUGACGAUGAGAUAAAAGAUGUUUCAUUUCAUCCGAGAACGGACGUGGGGUUGCUGUUGAGAGUCUGCCCCGCUGAACGUCUGAACGUCUGGAUAUUUUUCUUGUGAAAUACAAGCGUGGCAAACUGGAUAUUCUCAGCUAUCUUCAGACGAAAGACUGAUGUUUACAUUUCUACAUCUACUAUUCUUUAUUCUUGUUCGCCCUGCUGAAUGGUGACAUUAAAGAUCACUUAUCCAUGAAAGCAGGGAGGAACACGGCCAAAUGGAUAUUUUGUACUCUUCUCUAAACUCGUGAGUUUGUGCUGCAAAACGUCAUCACUGUCUCUCGAGCACAUGAGGACUUUGGAAAUGUGGUUUCUUUGCUUUCGGACCGACAGAAGGAGAAGCUUUUCAAACUGCAGAUAAAACAUGUUUCAUUUCAUCCAAGAACGGAGCAACAAGCUUUCAUUGACGUGGGGUUGCUGUUGAGAGUUUGCCCUGCCAAACGUCUGGAUCUCUGGAUGUUAUUCUUGUGAAAUGCAAGCGCGGCGCGAGGACUUUGGGAGAUAGUUUCUUUGCUUUCUGACCGGCAGAAGGAGAAGCUUUUCAAAUUGCUGAUGAGCUAAAAUUAUGUUUAAUUUCAUCCAAGAACGGAGCAACAAGCUGUCAUUGCUGGUGUGAGUUUGCCCUGCUAAACAUCUGGAUCUCUGCAGCAAACUGGAUAUUAUCAUCUUCUUGUUUGCCCUGCAAGACGGUGGAUUUGUUCUAAAGAAAGUUGUGAUUAAAGACCAUUUAUCCAAGCACGGAGGAACACUCGUCCUUAAACGUGCCGGUGUGAGUUUGCGCUGCUAAAUCAAAUGUAGGAUUUCCGGGAUAUUUCUAAAGGCAUUCAUUCUCAAAUGAGCACCUCUUCUCUAAACUUGUGAGUUUGUGCUGCAAAACGUAGGAUUUUUUCUCAAUUGCAGAUGAGAUUUAAGAUCAUUUAUCCAAGAAAGACUGGAGAAAUACUCUUCUUCUAACGUGGCAGUACUGGUGUGACGUUGCGCUCCCAAACGCUGGAUUUUCGGGAUUUUUCUUUUGAAUUGAAAGCGCGGUAAAGUGAAGAUAUUCGAGUCUCUUUAGAGGAAAACACUGAUAUUUAAAAGUGGCAUUUAUGUCAAACAAGCUUCUGUUUUAUGUGGUUGCUGCUGUGAGUUUGCCCUGCGGAAAAUAGGAUUUAAAACGGUUUUCUGUUGAAAUGCAAGCAUGGCAAAUUAAAACAAUGACUAUUUUCCGCUGUAAGAAGACUGAUGUUGUCAUGGUGAUGAUGAUGAUCCUUGUCUGCUCUACAAAAUGUAUGAUUUUUGUUGAAAUUACAGAUAAGUUAAAACAUCUUUUAUCCAUGAAAGACGGAGGAAUACUCCUUCUUUCACGCUGCGUUGCUGGUUUGAGUCUCGCUGCAAAAAGCCGGAUUUUCUGGAUAUUUUGCUGUUGAAAUUGAAACUGGAAAUGUUCUGCUCUCUUCCGAGAAAAGACUGACGGCAUUUAUCUCCACAUGAGCUGUUCAAAUACAAUAAUCUAUGAUAUGUAUAGAUUGAAUAUCCCAAGCAUCCUCUUCAUCCUCAUUAACAGCUGCAGGAUCUCCAGCAUCACAGAGGCGGAGGAUUACUGUGAUCAAAGUGAACAUGUGAAGCUACACUUUCUGUUGCGUAACGAUCAGUUUUUAAUUAACAUGACGUGAAAUUCUUGGUUUGUGACGAGUGUGUUUUACUUUCAUUGACAUCUCUGUGUGAGGGCACGCUGUAAACAGAUGUCUCUCUGCUCCUCUUCAUGCAGAUAUAAACGCUGUGCAGCUUUCCCAUAAACUCACUAAUCUUCUUACAGCGCUGCAGCGUAAUGGAGGCUCUUCCCCAUUGCUUUGCCUUCCUUUGCAUUUCCCCGUAUGGACGUGACCUCGUCCCGUAAAGAGCGGUGUGAUCUCCAUAUGUCAGGUUGUGUAUUCGGGGGAGGAGUGAGAGAAAGAAAGGCUUUCAGGUAAAUCACAACGAAAAGGCAUGAACUGCUCUUGACGUGCAGCACAUUCUGGGAACUGCAAAGACUACAUAUGUCGCGUUCACACCAAAAAGAGCCGGAACUAAAAUUAGUUCAUCAGAACCUUU